GAUGUGUAGUUUCUAGACAGAGAUCAGUUUAGUAUAAACUCUCUGAUCUUGGUAAAUGUAUAUUGUGAGAAUUUCAAAUAUAUUUUUUCAAAAAAAUCCAAGGUGGAAAUUUGAGAAAACUGGUGAAAAUAUAAGUUGGUAUAAUAUGGUGGAAAACUGAGGCCUUCAUGACAGAUAUGAUCAAGGAAAACAGACCAUGAAACAGAGCUGAUAUUAACAGAUCAUAAUAAAAUUGUACAUAGUAACUAUUUGACACUGAAUCAUUAAUUUCUUCUAUUAAAUAAACUAGUCACUAUACAAGGCCUAGACUAAGGAAGCUCUUUGUGAAGCUUGAUUAUCGAAAAUAAUUCAGUGCUAAGUGUAAAAUACUCAUAUAACCAAUCUUUACAUGUUCAUUUGAAUUGUCUUGAAAAACAAGAAUGCUUUACCCAGAAAAAAAUGCAUAUCAAAUGUUUGUUUCUAUUUUAGCAUACUGCAUGAUUCUAAUCUGUGGUUUCAAGUGUGGUGUAUGUAGAUCUGUGUCAGGUCGAGGAAAUGGCUGAUAGCGCUAAAUGAACAGGAUCACGUGACAGUGCCGUACUUCAAACUGUACUGUAUGUCAUAUAACUUUACCUACAUUUAGUUGAGCUUCUCCUCUCAGCCAGAAGAAGAAAAUGGGUAAACAACUUUGUGUGAUGGUGUUACUCUUAACUCAAGUGUUUGUGGGACUAUAUGGAGACAUUAUACAACUGCAGACAGUUAUAUCAGCAUAUGAAGGAGAUAAUGUGGUUUUUCCCUACUUAAUUAAAACAAAACAAAUAAGUAUGGCAUUGUGGUACAAGCAAGUCACUGGAGGAGAACCACGUCUCAUUGCUUCCUCACUUCUCCAUUCAUCAAGAAGCCAAUUUCAUGAUGAAUUUAACAGCAAUCAUUUUGAAGCUGUAAGAGGGACUGACAGUUUUAAUCUGACAAUUGUAAAUGCCUUACAAUCAGAUUCAGGCACAUACUAUUGUGCUACAUCUUUCUCUAAUAUAAUUAAUUUUGGAAAUGGUACUCGUCUGGUUAUUAAAGGAGCAGAAAUCAGCAAACCCACGAGUCUACAACUUCCCAAGACUGAACUUGUUAAAUCAGAGGUAAACGUGCCUCUACAAUGUUUAAUCCAAAAUGAAAUAGUCAGCAGUGGAGGUGAAAAUCAUCUCUACUGGUUCAAACAUGGAUCAGACGAAUCUCCUCCAGGAUUCAUUCAUGUUCAUGGAAACACAAGUGAUGGAUGCGUGAGGAGCUCUGAAGCUGACUGUCUUUCACCGUCCUGUGAUUUCAACCUCCCAAAGAAAAAGAUCAGUUCCUCACAAACGGGAAUUUACUGUGCACUGGCCACAUGUGGGGAGGCUUUAUUUGGAAACAUUUCUACACACAAUCCUUACAACUUCAAUAACCAGAACACACAAUUACUCUUUGUAAUUGUCCUUACGGUGCUCCUGACAUCAAAUACUACCAUCAGUAUUCUUCUGUGUUGGAUGAGGAUACAUGAGUCUAUUAAUGCAACAGAAAGCACAUAUAAGCCGAUCCAGACUACUGAUAAUGAUGUGUCAGUAACUGAGUAUAAGGAAGAGGAAGUGAGCUUUUGGUCUUCACCCGUCAUCCAAAAUGCUCAAAGAGUGAAAAGAAACACCAGCUUUAAGGACAUAUGAUAUUUGGGUUUGACAAAUCAAGACCAUAGUGAAACAUUGUUGUAUAUUUGCUCAUAUUAAUCAUUAAAAACAUAAUUAUGAGUAAUUUAAGUGAGCCAGUUAUUUUCGAUUAACAGAAUAAAUUCUGUUCAAGUAGUUAUUAAUGGGCUGUACUAUAGCUAUUGUAAUGAUUGAAAAACCAGUCAAAGUAAAUAACUUCCAAAAUGUAAUCGAAAUAAUUAUAUGCUGUAUAAUCAUUUUAGUUUGAUUUGGUCAUAUAAUAAACAGUAACGGCUAUUACAGUU